ACGUGAACGACGUCAGUCGUGCGUUGGAAGUGUAGAAAUCGAGUAGGCUUGGCGUGUGGUAAAAUACGCGGAGUGUUCUUUCACAAUUGUUAUCUAGUGUGUGUUAUUAUCCAUUAUUUUUUUUAUAAAAUUGGUGACUAAAUAAUAACAAGUGAAUGAAUAGCUGCAGCUAAGGGGUUGCAUUUUUUUCGUUUUGUUGUUUGGGAGAAAAAUAAAUAAAACGAAUGCCGUGACAGAUAAAUCCAUCAAGUAUUGUUUCGUGACAGGGUGUCCACUCGACUCGCCGCCAACUCGGACCCUAAUCACGCCAUAAUUUUAAUUUUUUGAUUUUUCCGUUUUCUUUUCUUUCUUCUUUUUCUUCUGAUUUUUAUCAUUCAUUUUUUUGUAAUCAUAAUGGAGCGCGAAUCGAAUCCAAUGCAAGCGCUUUGCCGUUCCGGAUGUGGAUUUUAUGGAAGUCCGGCAACGGACGGUCUUUGCUCACUCUGUUACAAGGAGGCUCUCAAGAAAAAACAACAACUUCCAUCCACUCCUACAAGUCUUAGCGCCCUUAGGGACACGGCAACGGCCCAAACAACAAUCAAUCAUCUAACGUCUACCCCCGUUUCGGAGCUUUCGGUUGAGAGCGUCGAAGAAGCGGCCGCUGGUCCGAAUUCGGCCGAUGUGUCAUCGUCAUCCGAAUUGGAGCAAAACGGUGACGAUAAAGAUGCCGAUAAAGACGCCAAAAAGAAGAAAAAUCGUUGUGCUACGUGCCGCAAGAAGGUUGGCCUGACUGGUUUCGAGUGCCGUUGCGGAGGUCUAUUUUGUGCGAUUCACCGAUACAGCGAUAAGCACGAUUGCAGUUUCAACUACCGAGAAAUGGGGGCGCAAGAGAUUCGACGUAACAAUCCAGUGGUCGUCGGUGAAAAAAUCCAAAAAAUAUGAACCCCGCCACACAGUGCCAUGCACCAAUAAAAAUAAUCCCGCAUUAUAAAACAAAAGUGAGUGUGACGGACGGGUUUUGUUGAAAUAUUAGUGCGAGAAAGUGACAUCUAGUGUUGAUUAUAAAUUGCCACCACCACCACUACCACAAAAAAUUCUUCUUUUCCGGAUUAUAAAUAAUAAUAAUAAAAAAGAAAGUAUAGAGAA